AACAGACUAUAAUCAAGCUAAAGAAUAUUUUAAAAAUAGGUUUUUAACCCUUAAUACAAACCAUGAAAAACAGAUAUAUGUGCACUUUACCGUUGCUACAGAUACCCAACUAUUGGCUGUUGUCAUGGAAUCUGUUUCAGAUAGCAUUUUACAAGAAAACCUUCAAACUCUUUUACUGUAGCAUUUCAAUUACCGCGCCAACCAAUUGAUAAUAAAUACAACAUCCCUUUUUCAGUCAUUUUCUUUCUUGUUCUUUUCACAGUCUGAUCAUGAUUUGCCCUAAUUGCAGCAGUACGGCAAUUACGGAUGAGGAUCGUGUAUCCGUUUGCAAUGAUUGUGGAACUGUGCUGGAAGAAAAUUUUAUUAAUGUGGAGGAACAAGUACAUGCAGGAGAUUCUGCUGGAAGGACGUUCAUGGUACAUCACAAGCCAAAAAAAGACAACGUUCUAACCUAUUGGGUAAGGAAAGUGUUUCACUACUUUGGCUUUCCAGCAGAUUCUAUUCAGCAAACCGUUGAAUUCUGCCAUAAACAUAGCAAGAUGCUAAACCAUCACAGAUCUGUUGAAACUGCGCUUAUUUUAGCAUCAUUAAUCGGCUGUGCAAAACAACCUGGCUGGCAAACUCAUGAUUACAUUCGUGCCUUUCCUCAACCUGUAGAAACAAAAGGUCUUCGAAAAAUGCAGCUUACUAUCACUUUAUUAUUUAGUUCUCUUACAGCAGCGGACCACAACAUUCCAACACAACUGGAAUUUAUGCUGGACAAAAUAUUUCCAAUCGUUACAAAGCAAAUGAAGAAGAAAUUCAAAAAAAAUUCCUUACAUCUGCAAAGAAGGGGCAUAAAGGAAACCGCACAGAAGCUGAUUGACCUUUCGGAUCAUUUUCUUAUCAGAGAAGGCAGAGGAAACCGACCCACUGUUGGUGCUGCAAUAUUGAUAGCAGCCUUGUAUGUGCAACAAAAAGGACAAAAGAAGAUAUCUAAUGCGAAAUCACCCUUAAGAUUCUGGCAGUUUGAUGAAUUUAGUGAUGUGUUAGAACGUGGCCAUUAUGCAAUGAAAACUCGAUACUUUGAGUUAAUUAAGCUUUUGAAAGAAUGUUAUGAAAAAGUACCAUGGCUGACAUCCGUUGUCUCUGGUCAGUAUGCUGUUUAUUUAUUGGAUGAUAUAUUUAAGAUGCUCAAUAUAUCACAAGCUGAAACACAUAUCAAAUAUCAACGUCCAGUAAUUCGCAGAGCUGAAGAAGGACGAGCAGAAUUCGAAAAGGCUUUGAGUGAAGCUGAAUUGCACUUUAAGGCAAACCUUCGCCCUGAAACCAACAGUAUACUUGAAUAUCAGCUAUACAAAUUACUGAGCGAAGGCUAUACUGUAGAUGAACUAAAGGACUGUCAUGAAUCAAUGAUACGAAAUAUCUUUCAUUCAAUAACUUUUAAAGAGCAGCAUGAUUUUAUACAGAAUCCAGACGAUCUCGAUAACCCCAUCGUAAAUAACCAAGACAUGUCUGAAAGAGAAAUCAGCUUUUAUAUUAAAAAUGAUACGCCUGUUCCUGGCCCAGCUGUUGUAGAUACAUAAGAAGUAACAAACUGUUUAUGCAAUUAAACUUGUAAUUAAAUAUGCGAAAUUAAAAAAGCUUUCAUGAUAUUCCCAUUCGUUUACAAAGCAUCUCAAAUUCAUUUAAAUCAAUGAUACCAUCAUGAUUCAUAUCUGCUUCAUUUAGCAUUUCCAUAACUUGUUGCUGAGUCC